AUGCCAUUGCCAUCAUCAACCUUUAUUCCUUUGAGUAUACGCUCAAACACCCACUUCUUCUUCUUCUUCAUCUUCUUGUUCUUCACACUUGGAUCUUGCAAUGAUCACAUAACAACUACAACUACAACUACAACUACAACGACAAUUACAUCGAUAUAUGUUUCACAGACGACUGGAAAUGAUACUAUUGGUAAUGGAUCACAAGAUAGUCCUUAUCAAACGAUGGGCAAGGCUAUGAGUAUUGUAACAUCGAACAAACAACAAAAUCUAUACCAAUGGUUUGUGUAUCUAGACUCUGGAAACUACACAAAUCAACAAUAUUAUCAAUUACCACCUGGUGACAAUAUGUUGUCAAUAUCAACCUAUCGAUCAACAUCGUCAUCAUCAUCAUCAUCGUUACCAGACAUGACAUAUAUUGAAACAUUCAACAUUAAUAUAAUAUGUGGACAAGUGUCAAUUGCCAAUGUAUAUGGUCGUCAACUAACAUUGGACGUGAACGAGGAGCCUCAGGCACCAUGCGCUGGCAUCCCCGCCAUUCUGAACGUCACCGGUAUCAGGUCGAGCAAUGUCCAGGCCACCAAGCUAAACUUUGACAUCAACCACGAUGGCUCCAGCACAUUGGUCCAGACACAUGUCUACGUGUUCAACAGCUCGAUUGGUUUGAUGUCCUCUUUCUAUAACGGGACAUUGUCGAUGGACAACUGCACGGUGAUGGGUGCCGUCAUCAACCCCUGCGUAAUGCGCGGCAGCCGCCUGAACAUCACCAACAGCGUCCUGUACGACAUGAUCACCUCGCUCUAUAACACUAGUUUCUCAAUUGCCAACUGCACAUUGUCGCGUACCCAGAUCAGGACCGUGGGCUCCAACGGCACGCUGUCCACCUCCCAGGUGCAUUACCGCGACACCAGCUUUGAGACGGUUGUCCCAUUGUUAUUCAACGACAACAGUCAAGUGCACAUGGAGUAUGUCGCGAUGAACUCCAUCGACAAUCAAGAGACCGUGAUAUCGGUCGACUCGUCGCGGCUGACCUUCCACAACUUGUACUUUACCAACUGCGCGCCACACGACACCAUCAUCUUUGCCGUGUCGUCCACGAUCAUUGGCAGCGUGCUCACGCUGUCCAGCUCGCCCACGCUCAGCUUCCUCAGUCUCUACAACUCGCUCUUUGUCGUGGACAUAUUCGACGUGAGUAUCUACGCGCAGGUGCUCUUCUUUGUGUACAUGGACCAGACGAAUGCGACCGCACGCUCAUCAAUCAUUGUGACCAAUGGACAGUUUUCGCAAAUGGGCUUCCCCUUGCAGAUGAUGCUGGACGGGUCCAACCCCGGCGUGGACCUGACGGCGACGUCCGUGAAGUUCUACGACCUCGACUCGUUCCACUGCAAUGGCUGCAACAUCAACCUGACCGAGGUGAGCGUCGACACGACCCACGUGUUCAAGGGCUUCCAGCUGACCAACUCGCAGGUCCUCAUCGAUCAGACUCGGUUCAUAUCACUCAUGUCUCGCGACAAUGUCAUCACGUUGACCAACAGCACGUUCCUCAUUCAAAACACAUCGUUCACGUCGUGUAGCACGCCCUUCUCAUUCGUGCAGGCCAAUGGCGCGCUGCACAACGUGACCACCACAAACAUCAACACGCAGACAUCCAUCGUGUUUGAUCGCUCGACCGUGGCCUACCACUCAUCGCUGAUCUAUGGCUACUUCUCCAACGCGGACAUCUUCAGCUUCACAGCGUCCAACGUGACAUUUGUCAACGUAAAGUUCAAAUCAUGCAGCUCUGGCUAUGGCCUGAUGCAGGUGAACACUCUGAGCCACGUGCACCUGGACGACUGCCACGUUGAGGACGGCGGCUUCAAUCGACGCACAAUCAUCACGCAGAACGCCACGCUUACCGCCACACACCUGCGUGUGUUCAACACGUCGCAGAUCAAGAACCUGGCCUUCAUCGAGAUGUUUGAUCGCUCAAACGUAGCCAUCAACAACAUGACCAAUCAGAACAUGUUCAUCUCGUGCAUGUUCUUUGUGAACCAGUCCUCCUUUGCACUCACCAACUCGCGUCACUGGCUGGCCAUAUCGCAGAUCAUCAGCGCCGUCCAGCAGUCCAACAUCUCGAUCGACACGCUCACAGUGACAGGCUCGAGUGCCCCGAACAUGUUCUCGUUCGUAGGCUGCGACAACAUCACUAUGAACAACGUGCACGUACUCUACAUCUCAAUCUUUGGCACGAUCAUUGACAUCAACAAGUCGAACGCGACCAUCACCAACCUUGAGAUGACCGGACUGAUGGCGACCAAAGGCAUUGGCAUCAUGACGCUCGAGUCCAAUGUGACCCUGACUGACUCAAUCUUUGGAAUCAACAAUGCCAACCCGCUGUUGCUCAUCGAGUGGACGGGAUUGCUAAUGGACAAUGUAACGAUCAGUGAUGGCGGUGCAUCCGUCAUUCAUAUGUCAUAUAGCGAUGUGGUGAUGAGAAGCGUCCAGUUCAUCGACGUCAGUCCGGACUCAUACCUCAUUUUGGGCGGAAUGAUGGACUCAUUCAUCAUGGACCGGUGCACAAUUUCGCAUUGCGAUUGCACCUUUGUUGGCAGAUCUCCGCUCUACCUUGAAGGACUGGUAUCCAACUGCUCGAUUACCAACUCAUUGUUUGAGUACAACACGGCGCAGACGGGUGGGGCGAUCACAAUCCAGAACAUCGACACUGAUUGCGUUCUGCACAACAACACAUUCCACUCCAAUCUGGCAUCGAUUGGAGGCGCGAUCUACUUUGAAUCGGACCGAUACUCUCCAAUCGAUCCAACAAACAAAUUCACAAGGAACUCGGCCACAAUCUAUGGUCCAGACGUGGCCUCUAUGCUCUACGCCGCCAACGCCACCGUUGUCAGUGCCGUGUCAAACAGUGAGCCCAUCCAGGUGGAGGUCAUGGCAUUCGAUGGCUACGGCAAUCUCUAUGGACGUGACGUUGGCGAGGUCAUCGUGGUGAUCAGCUCGCCCAACACGCCAUCAUUCCGCAACACAUCCUUCACAAUGGGUAGCCUGUACGGCGGCCGCAGCGAUUUCUACCUCAGCCAGCUCAUUGGCCAGUCGGUCAACAGCAACUUCCUGGUGGAGAUCGUCGUCGACACGGUGUCGACCACGCUCUCCAUCACACUCCCGAUGUGUAGCCCCUACCAGUACAUCUCGGAGAACUCCACGCUGUGCCAGUUCUGCGAUCUCACCAACCAGGUGUACUCAGUGUCGUUGGGUCAAUGCGUCUAUUGUGACAAUGAGCAAAGACAUCUGUCCAGUUGCUACAAGGACAUCGUCGCGACACAGCCCAACUUCUGGAUGUUUGACAAUGAUGUCAACUCAAUACAUCCAUGCAUUCCGGAAAUAUGUCUUGGUGACAACAAUUGCAUACCAGAGCACACUGGAAUCCUUUGUGGACAAUGCACCAGGUCACCAGGUUACAACAAAUCAGGGUUAUUCUGUUGUAGUUCCAACAGUGUACUCAUACUUAUAUUCUUCAUUGUAUAUAUUGCCAUGUUGUCUGCGGUACUGCUGUUCAGACCGACAAUGGCCAACUCUUCAUUCAUUGGAAGUAUAAUCAUAUUCUUCCAAACAGCAUCGAUAUUGUUGUUCCCUCAAUCACAUAUAUAUGUGUUGCCACUGUUCCGUAUGUCACUGGACUACAUACCAUCAGUGUGCUCAACGCCACACGUCAACUACUACGAGAAGGUGGCCAUAUCGAUUGUAUCGAUGGUCAUUGUGGUGAUGGUGGCGUCGCCCUCACUGUUGCUGUCCAGGAAGCUGCGCACCGUCCGCCAGGCACAGAUACAAGAGAGCCAGCCCAUCGCUGGCAGCUUACUGCACGAGUCUCGCGCAAUUGGCACCUAUCUAUGGAGCGCUAUUCACUUGUUCUUUGGUCCGCUCGUGUUCAACUUGCUCUCGCUCAGCAUGCCCUGCAAGGACGUGGGCGGCAACAAGUACCUCUUGGUGGACAACGACCUGUUGUGUGACAACACGUUUCAAACAGACACGCGCAUUGCCUCGAUCGCCAUGCUGACACUCCUGCUCACAGUUGUGCCCGUGCUCUACGCUCUCAGCCACUACGGCCAUCUGAUCAGCUGUGUUGGUGAACGCCUGCCACGCCUGCGCAGCACAGCCAUCCAGUAUAAGAAGCGAUGCAGAUGGUGGGGCCUGCUACACAUGGCCAAGAUGACGAGCUACUGUGUUGUGACCUUGGGACUGCUCAUGGUGCCAGACUACAUGAUCAUUGGCCAACUCACUCUCGCCACAAUAUUCUCGACGCUACAGUAUCUAGUGCGACCGUACCGCAGCAAAGAGAUGAACGAGAUUGAGAACAUGUCCAACGUGAUGGUGCUGAUACUAUUGGUCGUCUUUUCCAGUCAGAACACAUUCACCAGCGUCCAACGCGGUGUGCUCCUCUCAGUACUUUCCGCUUUAUUCUUGCUGGCGCCACUCAUUCUCAAACUUUCAAAACACCUGACGAGUCGUUUUUGA